AUGAGUUAUCGUGGAAGAGGAAGAGGUGGUUUUCAUAAUAGUUUUGGUGGUGGUGUUGGCGGUGGUACUAAUCAACAAAAUAAUAACCGUGCCAAUUUUGGUCAUCAUUCACAACAACAACAAAUUGAUGCAUUUACAAAUUCAAAUCAAUUUCCCGUGGAAAUUAUGGGAUGGAGUGGUGCUAGUUCAUCCGAAUGUAUUAAUUUCAUAUCUAGAAAAUGUAAAGUUGUAGUACAAAAUUAUAGUGUUGAUUCAAAUACUGGUAUUUUAAAAGGUUAUGUAAAGAAUGAACAACAAGCAAACUUAUUAUUAAAUUGGUCAGGUGUUAAAUUUGCUGGUCAAUCAUUAAGAUUUAUAAAGGGUACUUCAAAUCAAGCAUCAACAACCACCAGUUCCUCAUCUACAAUUGAAACAAUUACACAAUUUUUAAAAACUAGAUAUAAUCCAGAAAUCAAGAUGUUGAAUUUGUCAAAUGUAAAACAAGAUCCAGCAUUAAACACUCAUGGUUUUUUCAGUUCAGUUUCUAUAACUGCAAAAUUUUUCCCUGCGUUAUUUAAAGUUGCAAAUGAUUUAAGUCUUGAAGUUAUUAGUAUUGAUCUUUCAAAUAAUGAAUUAUCUGAAUUAAAUCAGUUAGUUUCAUUACCACAAUCAUUUCCAAAAUUACAAAAUCUAUCAUUUCAAAAUAAUCAAUUUAAUAGAAUAAAAGUAUUUGAAACUUGGAAAAAUAAAUUAAAUAAUUUAAGAGAACUAAUAAUCUUUGAUAAUCCAAUAGUGAUAAAUAUAAACACACCCCAAGAUAUAAAUAAUCUCAAACUUGAAUUUAUGAAACUUUUCCCAAGAUUAGUGGUACUUAAUGGUGAAAUAUUAAGAGAUGAACCAAAAUUAAACAUGAAUUUAACAUUCCCAUUUGAUUCAAAUUCCAUGUUUUUUGAAAAUGAUGAUUCUAGAAACCUUGCAACUAAUUUUUUAGCAAAUUUUUUUAAAUUAUGGGAUUCAAAUCGUGGUGAUUUAAUGAUUUUAUAUCAAAAUGAAUCUCAAUUCUCAAUGCAAGUAGAUACUUCACAUCCAUAUUUAAUUGAUUCAAAUAAUUCAACUGAUUUUGGUAAUUACUUAUCUAAUUCAAGAAAUUUAACAAGAGUUUCGGGUAUGAAUUCAAGAAUGAAUAAAUUGGCAAUUGGUCAAGAAGCAAUUUUUAAAUCUUUUCAACAAUUGCCAAAAACACAACAUGAAUUAAUUAAUAAACCAAAUUUGUUUAGUGUUGAAUGUUAUAAAUUUCCUUCAAAUAAUUUAAAUGGGUUAAUAAUUACAAUACAUGGUAUUUUUGAAGAAAUUGGACAACCUGAAUUAGAACAAUCUAAUAAUAAUAUUCCAUCUGGUCCUAGAUCAAGAUAUAUACCUCAAAAUAAACAUAAAAGACAUCCACUUUCAAAAAAAUGUUUCGAUCGAACAUUUACUGUUAUACCUGAUUUACAAGGAAGUAUGAUAGUUGCAUCUGAUUUAUUAUUAAUUAGACCAUAUACUUCAGAAAAUGCAUGGGAGAAAUCAAAAGAACAACCAAAUAUAACUACUCAACCCCAACCAGUAAAUACACCAUCACCAGCACAACAAGCAAAUAUUCCAUCAAUUGAAAAUCUCCCCCUUGAGAUCAAAAAUAAUCUUUCACCAAUGAAUCAAGAAAUAUUGGUCAAAAUUUUAAUAGAAACUAAAUUAACUAUACAAUAUGCAUUAAUGCUUUGUGAACAAAGUAAUUGGAAUUAUCAAUUAUGUAUGGAUAAUUUUAAAAACAGUGUUGCUUCAUUACCAAGAGAAGCAUUUGUAUAA